AUGUACUGCAACAAUGAGAUCAACAAAAAAUUUAAUUGUUUUGAGAGGGAAAGCUAUAAAAGUAUUUCAAAAUCAAAAGAAAGUUAUACAAAUAUUUCAAAUUUCAAGAGCUUGGAGAAUGUCAGCCUCAAUGAUAGUAGUGAAUUUGACGACACUCAAAAUCAUCUUGGCGUGAUAAGUUUCGAAGAAGAACUUGAUAAUAUUUUAGAAAAUUCUGGCGCAAGUUCUGUUGAGAUUCAGAAAAACAACUCUUCUGAUAAUUUUACUGCUUAUAACGCAAAAAAAUAUUCAGGAAAAUUUUGCGAUCAAUUAUUUACACCUACGCCAAGCAAAUUUGAAAGUAAAAGGAUUGGGAAUACAUGUAAAGAAAGCGUACUUCAUUACAAUAUAAUCCAUAACGAUAACAAUGAACAUGAAAUAAAAAACAUACUGUUAAAUUCAAAUAAUGGUAAAAUAAAAAAUUGUUGUAAAACCAACACGGUAAACAGAAACGUUGAUAAUUCAUUUGAUGGCGUUCAUCUUAAUUGUUUAAAUAAUACAAACGACGAAAAAACGACAAAUUUAUGCCCUAUGUACAAAUUAACUCCUGAGAAAUUUAGAGAAAUAAGCAGGUGGGCAGAUCAAACAAUCAUUGACAUAGAUCAAAAUGAUUCAGUAAAAAGCAAGGCUUUUGAAAUGACUAAAAUAAAUUACAUAUCGUCACAAAAUUACACCGAAACAAAAUCUGUAAAAAACUUAUCUUCAAGAGACGUACAAGAUAGAAACAUUCCAUUGAUGAAGUAA